CCUCCUGUGUGUGCUGUAAACCCCGCCGCCGUGUUCGGACUUGACUGAGCCGUUACUAGCUUAUAGCGGCUAAUUCCUCCAGGCAGGAUUGUCCGUUAGUGUCACAGCGGACAGCUUUAGCCUGUUAAUGAGGCUCUCUCUCUCUCUCUCUCUCUGUGUGUGUGUGUCACUGUAAAACCGGCUGCCGUGUGUCCGUGUGAACUCAUAAACAGGUGAUUUAUUGCCACAGAGACGUCAUUCCGAUGCCAGGUGAGGUGAGACUGUAGGAGAAGCUAUAUGGAGGCUAACUGACCCCGGAGACAGAGGAACUACGGUACAUUAGCAGCAGGAUGCCAGCCGGAGUUUGCGGCUGCUGUGGGCCGCUGAGGCCGAGGUACAAACGCCUGGUGGACAACAUCUUCCCCGAAGAUCCCAAAGAUGGCCUGAGUAAGUCAGACAUGGAGAAGCUGACCUUCUACGCCGUGUCGGCUCCAGAGAAGCUGGACAGGAUCGGAGCUUACCUGGCCGAGAGGCUGAGCAGAGACGUGGUGCGACAUCGCUACGGGUACGUGGUGAUAGCCAUGGAGGCUCUGGACCAGCUGCUGAUGGCUUGUCACUCUCAGAGCAUCAAACCCUUCGUGGAGAGUUUCCUGCACAUGGUGGCCAAGCUGCUGGAGUCCAGAGAACCAGACCUGCAGGUCCUGGGAACCAACUCGUUUGUGAAGUUUGCCAACAUCGAGGAGGACACGCCGUCCUACCACCGACGCUACGACUUCUUCGUCUCCCAGUUUAGCGCCAUGUGCCACUCGACUCACGAAGACCCAGAGACCAGAACCAGGAUCCGUGUGGCCGGGAUCAAAGGUCUGCAGGGUGUGGUGAGGAAGACGGUGAACGACGAGCUGCAGGCCAUCAUCUGGGAGCCUCAACACAUGGACAAACUGAUCCCGUCCAUGUUGUUCAACAUGCAGGACAGCGAGGAUCUGGACAGGGCGGGUCACCCGAGCACGCCGUCGGUGGCCGGUCAGGACGGCGAGGAGAACCCGGCGGCGCUGGCGGAGAACUGCUUCAGAGAGCUGCUGGGCAGAGCGGCCUACGGGAACAUGAACAACGCUGUGCGACCCGUGCUGGUUCACCUGGACAACCAUCACCUGUGGGACCCCAACGAGUUCGCUGUUUCCUGCUUCAGAAUCAUCAUGUACUCCAUCCAGGCUCAGCACUCCCACCACGUCAUCCAGCAGGUCCUCAACCACCUCGACACCAACAACAAGAACACGCCGCGGGUCAGAGCCGGCAUCGUCCAGGUCCUCCUGGAGACGGUGGCCAUCGCCGCUAAAGGCUCCGUGGGUCCCACCGUGCUGGAGGUGUUCAACACUCUGCUCAAACACCUGAGGAUGAGCGUGGACUUUGAGCUGGGCGAGACCUCGAGGAGAAACUCCGGCGUCAGCGUUUCCUCCAACCGCGGCGGUGGCGGUGGCGGCAGCAGCGGCAAAGAGAGCGAGGAGCGCAUCGUACAGAACGCCAUCAUCCAGACCAUCGGCUUCUUCGGUGGAAACCUGCCAGACUACCAGCGAGCCGAAGUCAUGAUGUUCAUCAUGGGCAAGGUGCCAGUGUACGGGACCCCCUGCCACACCUUGGACACCGUCAAGAUUGGUCAUCAGGGCACCAAGCGGAUCCAGGCCAUGCUGCUCAGCUCCCUCAUCAUGGUAACCUCCGGCUUUAAGUCCAAGUCCAUGGCAGCUGCGUUGCCGCCUCCCUUCCUGGAUCCUCUCUUCUCCAUCUCGCUGAUGGAGGACAGCGAGCUGAGGCAGCUGGUGCUCGAGAUCCUGCACAACAUCAUCGAUCGCCAUGACAACCGUGCCAAACUGCGCGGCAUCAGAAUCAUUCCCAACGUCGCAGCACUGAAGAUUAAAAGAGAGAAGAUUUCCAAGCAGGACGUCGCAUUUAUGAAAAAGCAUGGCCAGCAGCUCUAUCGUCACAUCUAUCUGGGCUGCAAAGAGGAAGAUAACGUCCAUAAAAACUUCGAGCUGCUCUUCACCACUCUGGCCAUUAUGACCAUCGAGCUGGCCAACGAGGAAGUGGUCAUCGACCUCAUCCGGCUCGCCAUCGCUCUGCAGGACAUGGCUCUGGCCAACGAGGAGAACAUGCCGAUUUUCAUUCGCUGUGGCAUCAUGGCGUUAGUGGCAGCAUAUCUUAACUUCCUUAGCCAGAUGAUCGCCAACCCGCCUUUCUGUCAACAUGUCAGCAAGGUGAUCGAGUUGAGGAACCUGGACGCUCCGUACCUUCUCCCAGAGCACAUCUUCAGGGACAAGUGUCCAGUCCCUGAAUCUUUGGACAAGGAGGACAGACCGCUGUACUUCCAGACGGCCGACAUGGCGGAGUGUCUGGCCGGACCAGGAUACAACGCAGAGAGACUUUCCAUCCCCUACGUUCCCCAGGUCACAGAUGAAGACCGCCUGACCAGGAGGAAGAGUUUUGUGGACACAAUCUCUCUCCAAGUGGACAUCCUGUCCAACAGCCUCCCAGACAAGUCGCAGCUGGCUGAGGAGAUCACGUUUGAGACCCUGAAGAAGGCCAUCGAUACCACUGGUCUGGAGGAGCAGGAGAGGGAGAAGAGGCGUCAGGUGAUGGAGAAAUUCCAGAAAGCUCCGUUUGAGGAGAUCGCCGCCCACUGCGAGUCCAAGGCGAACAUGUUACACGACCGGCUGGCACAAAUCUUUGAACUCACGAUUCGACCUCCGCCCAGUCCGUCCGGAGUGGUUUCCAUCUCAGCGGGACACACCCAGCACCAGUCCGUCCCCGUCUACGAGAUGAAGUUUCCAGACUUGUGUGUCUACUGAACACACACACACACACACACAUCCACACAUAUCCACUGAACAGCUGAAACACAAAAUGCAGAAUUAAAAAUGCUGAGAAAGCACUUUAUAAUCUGCACUCAUGUUUCCACCUUUCAAACCUCUGAGUCGGUAUCAGGGAGCCGAGCAGGAACACAGACGGGCAGCAAAACAGUCAUUUUCCCGUAAAGAGUUAAAAUGUCCAAAAACUUCCUGAGAAAAAUGAUUAUUUAAAGAGGAAAUCCUGAAGAUCUCUGAAGAUUUUCAUUUAAAUAAAUAUCUAUCACUAAAUGAGGUAACACUAUGAUGACUUACAUUUGCAGUAUUAUGAUUAUUACAAACCGGGUGUCUGUGGUGACAUUCCCGCCACGCAUUAAAAUCAGCUGCUUCACACACAAAUCGCUUGUGUUUGAAGCUGUGUUUUUUUUUUAAAGCUUACUGUUAUUGGCUUUUUGUUUACUGGUGGAGCUUUUAUUGCCUGUACAGUAAGCGUCUCUCCUGUGCUGCGCCGUGUGUAAGCCCCGCCCCCUCGCUGCUGCUCCUCACAGCAGAGGAGAGGAGGAGACGAAGCAGCGCGGCCGUAAACGACAGCAGGAGACUCUCACACCAAGCUUGAAAUGAAACGAGUGCACAUAACAAAUAAAUAACAUUAAUAAACAGUCUCUGCUGCGUUUUGCUGUCGUUUAUGGUCGCGCUGCAUCCUCGCCGCUGCUCUCUUGUGUUGUGUGUGCGUGUGUGCUGCAAACACAGCGGAGCAGAGGAGAGUCAACCAGGUGAACAACGACACUCGUCACAUUACUGUAAGUGCAAUAAAAUUGUUAUUCACGCAAAAGAACAACAAACCUGCAGUUACCGCGUAUCGCCACACGGUGUCGCCAAAGAGAACAAAACAGAGAUCUUUCAAAGUGGGAACACAUUUACUUUAUCUUGAAAUACUCUCAUCUUUAAAUACUUUAUUGGUCAUUAAACCAGACUACUAACACUACCAGCCCUCAAUGAACUGUUUUGCUGCACUUUGUUUCCUGACUCUCAACAAAAAAACCAAUCCCUGAAACUAAACAGAACUUAUGAGUCACCAAGAACAAACAAACAAAAAAAGAACAUGAACAGCUUCCACUCUACAGAUAACACACAUGUUGUGCUUCCCAGCAUGACUCUGAUCCAGUCCAACAUCAUCUCCGGUUUAGCCAAAGCUUCACACUUUAUGCCGUCGUCCGAAUCACAGACGACUCUCGUAGGAAUAUCUAAAACUACUUUCAGGUUUAAAUUUUGAAGCUAGUUUUAGCUUGCGAUGCUUCGUCUUCAGAGCUUCUGCCUCCUUAACAAGUAUUUGUUCUCAUGUCGAUCAGUAGGCAACACAAACUAGUAGAAAUGUACAAUAUUUUAGCUGCCAGACAAACUGAAACAGUUUCAUCUGUGGUAGAAGACAGAUUAGUUUUAGGCUUAACUGCUGCACGACUAUUCAGUCUGUUCAGUUUUCACUAUUUAGAGGAAAUUAAGUGUCAGAAAUGACUUCAACAGCCAGUUAAGUGUACAGCUGGGGGGAUGAAAUGAUAGCAAUACUUUUUAAUUUUAAAUACCUGGUCAUAAACCGCCUGGAGAAGAGACUCUAGUAGAAACGGCUCAGUCGUGGUUGGCGGUCGUGUGUUUGCUUUAGAUGAUGUGUUCAGAAGUUUGGAAGUGGAACGACGAAAAACUCGGGUCUGAAACGAAGGUUUUCAGAGUCGCGUGUUUAUAAAGUUCAUCAUUGAACAACUUUAACUCUGUUGACAACAGCAGUCGGUGUUUAUUUCCCAAUUUUUCCUUAAGUUUUCCAAGAACAUACUGAGGUUGCAAUCAUCCAGUCAGGAAUUUACAACUUCCAACGUAAUUUGGAUUAAAUAUUCAGACCCACUGUGUCAAUAAACGUCAGAAGAUCUUCCUCAAAACUAGACUGGUUGACAGAAAUGUGGCUCAUAGGGAGAGAUUUAAAAAAAAACCCAUUAAAACUAAAAACUGUAAACUGCAAUAUUAAACCUCUUCAGGGACGUGAACGGCAUGCAAGGGGAAGAUUUUAUACAGCGAGGCGAUAUAAGAGUGUUUAUAUAUUCGCUUUUAACUACACACUCAUGUGCAUGAUGUUUGACCCACAUAUCCGGCGUUCGUUUGUCGUACGUGUCCUCAGAAAUUACAGCAAAUCUAAACAAUAAUGGUGAAAAAGUGGAAAGUUUGCAAUUACUCACACAUAUCACACUAUAGUAACCUCCUCCUGUGUGGCCAUGUUAUCAUUUAUUGGUUAGUUUACCUGUUGAAAAACGAGGGUUGGGUCAGGGUUGAUCGUGACCUAGCUAGCUAGGUCGCUAGCUAGCUUUGCACCAUCAUAAUGUCCCCAUUUAAUCCGCCUGCUGAGCUGUAAUUGAUCGAUUGUUUCAAACAACCUGCAGAAACAAGAAUCAGCAGGCAAACACAAGACUUUAAUUAAUUAAUAAGAUGUUGGCGGCAAUUCAGAUAUAUUCUAGUUUUAACAGGAUAAUUCAGUCUGGAUCUGCCCUCUAGUGGACACAUUUAUAAAUCAUCCAAACGCGACGCUACAUACAUGUUGUUAAAAUUGAAUAUAUAAGCACUCUGUAGCUGUGAUACUGAAUGACUCAUACACGUCGUUGCACAGACUAACUGUAGCUUUUUGGCUUCAAAACUCUGUUUCUGACAUCGACUGUAAAACCUGGAGCUUCCCGUGGAGUCGGAUUAGAUGACUCCGCUCUGUACACAGUCGGUACGAUCGCCGCGUGCGUCUCUGCAGCUUAAACUCUUCGCGGCUCUGUCGGCAGCUUCUAGGAAAUCAAAACACAUUUUGUUGCCAAAGACAGAAGUCGUUCCCUCCUCCUGUUUCCUGUUUUCUAAAAUGUCUUAAUCUCAGAGAGCUGAACGUUGUCGGAGCCGGCGUCCUGCGAGGAGCCAUAUGGAGCGUUUCAGUCCAAAACAAGAGACCAGCAGCAGCUGAUUCCUCGUCUCACAAAAGUCAACCUGCCUGUUAAAUGUGUUCACAUCGAGCCUCUUCAGCCAUUGAGAUACAAAUCACUCACAUAUUUGAAGGAUUUAAUCAUCUGUGCUUUUUCAACCUUUACCACGAGGCCGUGUUUUGUUUCCAGAAGGGUUACAAGAGGCGUUUUUGAAAUGAGGUCAUUCAUAUCAGGCGGAGCUGCAGCUGUGAUCUGUAAUAACAGAUGGUUAUCAGUAUUUCCUCUGAUCUGAGCUCAGUGUAGGAAGAAAAAUCCCUCCAGUUGGAGGCAGAUACCUGCUGCUGCUGCUGCUGCUGUUUGGUCCGAGCAUGCCGCCGCCGCCGCUGCUCCACUCGAGGUUGAAGGUCAACGUUUCUUUUCUCUCAGAAAAGAUUGGUUUUCUUUGAGAGAGUAGAUUAAAUUAAAUCACAUGACGAGAUAGGAGAGAAACUGUUGUUCGGUUCAGUUUGUUUGAGACCAGAUCUGUUCCUGUUGAACCUCGGAGUCGUACAGAUUUAGAUGCUGAAUGGAGACGAAAUAAGAUGGAAAACUGAAUGAAAGAGACGAAGAAGAAAGUGCAGAUUUGGUGGCUGUUUUGUGUUUGGUCGUGUACGUUUUUCAGAUGGUUUCGUAUGUUAGAAGUUGUUGAAGGUUGAUGAAGUUGAACUGUGUUUGAAAUCAACAACAUGAGCCUGAUAAACUCCGGCUGGUAAUUAGUCUGUCUGACAGCUGAGCAGCGUCUGAGCCGGUUUCCACCUGCUGUUACAACGUGAUCUUUAUCUGGAAAUGUUAUUAGAGGAAAGAAACUCAAAUGUACACGGAGAACAUUACAAUCAGAGCGCCUCAGCCGGGUUUAAAUAUCCACCUCAAAUGGUUAAAAAGGUCAUGUGAUCCGCCUCUUCCCGCUCUCUGAAGCUUCUGGAGACUCAACACUACAACGUAUCAGACCAGGGUCGAGCCAGCAGUGGUGCUAACAAGCGUCUCUUACAGUAUUAAUAAGAAGCCAAAACUCUCACUUAUAUCACAUGAUCUUCACCUGCAGCUUAACCGGUUGUCAUGGAAAUGUAGAUGCAGCGGUUCAGAGAGCGAACGCUACAUCGUCUAAAUCUUAAAGCAUCAACAGCAUCGUGUCAAUCAGGCUGUUUGAGUGUUUGAUUCGAGUACUUUAAAAAAAAAAAAAACAUUGUUAAAAGUUGAAGAAACAGCUGCACAAAUAUCUCAAGUUCUCCUGUUGAGACGCUUGUUUCAGCCUUUUAAAGUUGAGUUUCAGCUUCAUUCUUGACCUGAAACAGCAAACUCACCUCAAAGUUCAUCUAGUGGCACAAAAAUGUAAAAAAAAAAGUAGCCAAAGUGUUUGCUGCACAUCGUAGAGCUCCCUCGUUCCUUUGACCAGAGUCUCGCCAAUUUUUAUUCAUUUUUACACGUCAGCCGUCUUUAAUUAGGAUCUAAUGACAACAUGAUCAGAUAUAAUCAUCCAGAUACAGAUCACAUGUUGACAGCAGGUGAAGAUGCAGCCAGAGUUUCCUGUUAGAGUCUCUUCUCCUUUUGUUUUUUUUAAAGAGUUAAUGUCCAGGAUUUGAAACUAAAAAAGACAAAAUUAUGAGCAGAGAAGCCUGAAUGAAUGAAAGAAUUUUUGUUUCUCUCAGAUGCAUUAAAACCCCAAUCCUCCACUGAAGUAUUAUCUUCUGUGCAUAUCCGUGAUGCGUAACGUCUUAGCUUUAAACGCAGACUCGUAUGAUUUUAAUAUCAUAAUAUAGUAUCAUAGCUGUACUUUAAAAACAUGCAUUAUAUCACGUAACUGCAUGAUAUCUUAAUAUCACCACUCCUGGGGGAGGUGGAGGAGGAGGAG